GGCGGGGUCCUAAUGAGGGGCGGAGCUCUCCAGUGACGUCACGCUGGUCCUGUAAGCGCGGAGGCGGCUCCGGUUCCUGCUGCCGCUGCUCCUCAUCCCCCCAGCAACCUGCCGGCUCCCCGCUCCCGGCUCCCGGCUCCCCGCUCCUCCCUCCCCGGCCCAGUCAUGGGCCUCACGGUGUCCGCGCUCUUCUCGCGGAUCUUCGGGAAGAAGCAGAUGCGGAUCCUCAUGGUCGGCUUGGAUGCCGCAGGCAAGACCACAAUCCUCUACAAACUGAAGCUGGGCGAGAUUGUCACGACUAUCCCCACCAUAGGCUUCAACGUGGAAACCGUGGAAUAUAAGAACAUUUGUUUCACCGUCUGGGAUGUAGGAGGCCAGGACAAGAUUCGGCCUCUUUGGAGACACUACUUUCAAAACACUCAGGGGCUUAUCUUUGUAGUGGACAGCAAUGACAGAGAACGAGUCCAAGAAUCUGCCGAUGAGCUUCAGAAGAUGCUCCAGGAGGAUGAGCUUCGGGAGGCUGUGUUGCUGGUGUUUGCAAAUAAGCAGGACAUGCCCAAUGCCAUGCCUGUGAGCGAACUGACUGACAAAUUGGGUUUGCAGAGCUUACGUAGCCGGACUUGGUAUGUCCAAGCAACCUGUGCUACCCAGGGUACCGGGCUGUAUGAUGGGCUGGACUGGCUUUCCCAUGAGCUGUCAAAGCGCUAACUACUUCAGGAGUAAAACCCCAGCUGGAAGAAAAUUCCCAGGUUGUAUCUCUUGGACAAUUGAACUCUUGAGGACUCCUGAGGCAGCACUUCCUGCUUCCUACCCUUCCCCCCUUUCUACACACACACACACACACACACUCAGACACUCACACACACUCUCUGUUACAGCUGUUCUUGCCUGCAUGUUCUCUCUUACCAGGACCCAAAAGACUAACCCUCUGGGUACUGGGGGGAGGGAGGAAAAGGGUUGUCUUCUGACUCCCUGGGAACUGUGCAAGCAGCUACAGGAACCAAGGCCUUCCAGAAAAGAAACUGGGUUGACUUUUGAUUUCAUUCUUUUGGGUACAUUUCUUGGGGGGAUGUGGGGAGGGGUACCAGACUGGUGCUGUGAUUCAGCACUGGAUAUUGAAUAAUAAAUUUGCUGUGGUUUGUAA